UGACGGCAUUGGUUACUUGUUUCAUUUAUAAAGGCCACACAAGUGAAGCAGUGUUAGGGUUUGGAAUUCUCAAAAAUCGUCGUUGCGGCACUGCAAAACCCUAAUCACAAACUUCGCAGCAGCUCAAAGCUUCAGCAAUCAUGGGUCGUAUGCACAGUAAAGGUAAGGGUAUUUCAUCUUCUGCUUUACCAUACAAGAGAUCAGCAGCAAGUUGGCAAAAGAUCACUACACAAGAUGUGGCAGAUACUAUUUGCAAAUUUGCAAAGAAAGGUUUGACUCCAUCUCAGAUUGGUGUCAUUCUUCGUGACUCUCAUGGAAUUGCUCAGGUCAAGAGUAUCACCGGAAGCAAAAUCCUCCGUAUCCUUAAGGCUCAUGCACUUGCACCUGAAAUUCCUGAGGAUCUGUACCAUUUGAUCAAGAAGGCAGUUUCAAUUAGGAAGCAUCUGGAGAGGAAUAGAAAGGAUAAGGACUCCAAAUUCAGGUUGAUUCUUGUUGAGAGCAGAAUCCACCGUCUUGCUCGUUAUUACAAGAAGACCAAGAAGCUCCCCCCAGUCUGGAAGUACGAAUCAACAACUGCCAGCACUCUUGUUGCUUAGAGAAUGAGUUGGUUUUCAUGAAUUUUGUUCCAUAUCAUAUGUAGUUUUUUUUGGUGUCUAGAUAGGUGAUGUGGUACCUUAGUUUACUAAGAACCUAUGGUCAGACUGAGGAAAGACACUCAUGCUAGUUAAUUUAUUUAUCAAUGUCUUGUUCCUUCGUUUUAAUAUAUUGGAGAACUAGUUGUUGUCAUUUGAAGAAGUGGCUGAUUUCAGUUUUCAGAUUUUGGUUUUAAUUUGAAGUUAUAAUAUAUGUUGGAGCUUUACUGGA